UGAGAACCUUUCUGAUUAAAUGUAUCUUUGAUUUUGUGAUUUGUUCAGGUGGGGUACCCCCAGUCACUACUCUAGGCCCCCAUUGGGGAGCCAGCCCCUCAGUUUGCAAACUGCUACUCUAAGAAAGUCCAAACUCCAGCAUCCCCUUAUCUUAUCUGCAGGGAUAGGUCUGGCUAUAAAUACCCAGGAGACACAGGUCCGGUACCAUUCCGUGCCCAUUCUUCUGCCACCAUGUGUACCGGCAAGUGUUCCAAGGUCGUCGGGAUCUCCCUCUUCCCCUUCUCCAUCAUCUGCAUCAUCGCCAACCUCUUCCUCCUCUUCCCAGGACUCAGUAUUGAUCCAAUUCAAGAUGCAAGCCAACAGAUGACCCCUGAGGUUCUUUACCUGGGGGGAGUCAUUGGAGGGGGCUUCUUGGUUCUGAUUCCUGCCAUUCACAUUCUGUCCACGGGACAAAAGGAAAACUGCUGCAAUAAUCGCUGUGGGAUGUUCCUGUCCAUCAUCUUUGCUGUUAUUGGGUUGGUGGGAGCCGUAUACGCCCUGGCAGUGUCGGCCCUAGGAAUGGUGUAUGGGCCAGUCUGUGAGUACCCGGAUCCCAAAAGUGGAAAUCUGACUUGGGGCCAGCCCUUCAAAGAUAACCUUGAAAAAUUCAGUAAUGAGAGUUACCUGUUCAAUAAGGACCAGUGGUAUUUCUGUGAGAAGCCAGACCACGUGGCCCCAUACAACAUUACUCUCUUCUCCAUCAUCCUGGCUGCCAGCGGGGUAGAAGUCAUUCUGUGUGUUAUUCAGGUCAUAAACGGCCUGGCCGGCUGUAUCUGUGGGACCUGCCAGAAAAAGAACUGAGAUUGCCAUGUCCCACUCCCCCACAAUCCCCUCUGUCCGCAGUUGUCUCCUCCAGAGGCUGGUUCCUUUGAGAGUCUCCCCUGCCCUCAUGGUCUGACCCGCCAGCGGGCUUGGCAUUGCCAGGGGUAGGAGCAUUACUCCCUACUGUAAAUCCCGGAUGUAGAUGUACGUAGGCAGAAUGAAAGGGUGCCCCCCUCAGACGAAGCCGCUCAAUACGUCUCCCAUGUGAGGGAUGCUGGGAGCUUUGCACCGGUGUACAUAUCAUUUGUAUUUAUAAUGAAUGUAAAUAUAUGUUUCUCAAUAAAAAUAUAUGUUUCUCAGUUAACCAAA